AUGGCCGACGCGAAGGAAUUUGAGACCGUCAGCCCGGCCCCACAGACUCACAACGAGAAGAUCGAAGAUUCGACUGCAAAACAUGAUGAGUUUCCGGAGGACACUGGCCGUCGUCAGUCGGUUGCGCUCAACAUCGUCGAGAACCCUCUGAAGCGCAAAUCUCCAGCACACACGGCCUCUGACGCUCGGGAAUGGGCUGAGGCGAAUGGGCUCCAAGAGCAUGCAUCUCUCUUCGGCAGGGGUGCUUUGGUUGCGCGAGAUCCGGAACGCUUCGAGAACAUCACCGAGCUUGAAGCCGACGAACUCGAGGCUCUAAAGUACGAGCGCGACCAUAAGUGGCACGGUUCGAAGAUGCUUUGGUACUCGAUUUCCUUGUGCGCCAUUGGCGCCGCAACACAAGGGUGGGACCAGACUGGCUCGAACGGCGCCAAUCUUUCUUUCCCAAAGGAGUUCGGUAUUGACGAAGGCGCCAGAAACGAGUGGAUCGUUGGUCUCAUCAACUCUAUCAUUUUCUUGACUGCUGGUUUGAUCGGCGCAUUUAUCGUCGACCCGCUAAACCACUACUUCGGACGACGUGGAGAGAUCUUCAUCACCGCCCUCUGUCUCACUGCUACGCCAAUCGGCUCCGGAUUCGCCAAGUCAUGGGAAGGCCUUUUCGCCGCGCGUUUUAUUAUGGGCAUUGGUAUCGGUGCAAAGAACGCCACCGUACCUAUCUACAGCGCCGAGAUGGCCCCUGCGCGUAUCCGUGGUGCUCUUGUCAUGUUCUGGCAAUUGUGGGUCGUUAUUGGUAUAUUCUUGGGUUUCUGCGCCAAUGUCAUCGUCAUGGGCGCGGGUGACAUUGCGUGGAGAUUGCAAUUGGGCUCUGCGUUCAUCCCCUCGUUUAUUCUGGGUGUCGGAAUCUUCUUCUGUCCAGAGUCUCCCAGGUGGCUGAUGAAGCACGGAAAGUUCGCAAAGGGGUUCGAAUCGAUGAAUAAACUGCGCGCUCACCCCAUCAUUGCGGCACGGGACUACUACUACUCCAACAUCAUCUACGCCGAAGAGCUGCGCGUGGCAGGCGACAGCACCUAUUUCACCCGUCUUCGCGACUGCUUCACUGUUCCGCGAAUCCGACGCUCCAACUACGGCGCCUCGACAGUCAUGCUUGCUCAGCAGAUGUGUGGAAUCAACAUUAUCUCUUUCUAUUCCGCAUCCAUCUUCACGCGUGCCGGUUAUACCGACACGGAAGCCCUUUACGCCUCUCUCGGUUACGGUGCGGUCCAGGUCGUCUUCACAAUCCCAACGCUCUUCCUCAUCGACACCAAAGGUCGGCGCACAUUGUGCUUGAUCACAUUCCCGCUCAUGUGCAUCUUCUUGCUUGCCGCUGGUCUCUCGCUUUUGAAUGAUUCGGGCCCUCGGGGCGCUCAAAUUGGGCCUGUGGUGCUCUUCGUGUACCUUUUCACCAUCAUGUAUUCGCUCGGCGAAGGCCCUGUAGCGUUCCAGUACAGCGCUGAGGUCUUCCCUACGAUCCACCGCGAGCAGGGCAUGGCAUGGGCAGUGUGCAUCAACAACACCUUCGCUGGCAUUCUCGGCCUGACAUUCCCGCGUAUGCAGACCGUUAUGACACCAACGGGCGCGUUCGGGUUCUAUGCUGGAUUGAAUCUGGUGGCCUGGGGCAUGAUAUUUUGCUUUGUACGCGAGACCAAGCAGCUUACUCUUGAGGAGCUCGACCAAGUCUUCUCGGUUCCAACGAAGCAGUACCUUGACUAUGAGACCAAGGUCUGGCUGCCGUACUUCAUCAAGCGCCAUAUCUUGCGCAAGCAGGUUAUCAAGCCGCCACCGAUCAUCGAGAAGGCUGGGAGCACUGACUCUCUGCCCACGGCGUAG